AUGGAUCAUGCUGAGGAAAAUGAAAUCCUUGCAGCAAGCCAGAGGUACUGUGUGGAAAGGCCUAUCUUCAGCCAUCUGGUCCUCCAGGAACGACUUCACAAGAAGGACAAGGUUUCGGAUUCCGUCGGGGAUAAGCUGAAACAGGCAUUCACAUGUACUCCUAAGAAGAUACGAAAUAUCAUUUAUAUGUUCCUGCCCAUAACUAAGUGGUUGCCCGCGUACAAGUUCAAAGAGUAUGUGUUGGGUGACUUGGUCUCAGGCAUAAGCACAGGGGUACUUCAGCUUCCUCAAGGGUUAGCCUUUGCAAUGCUGGCUGCCGUGCCUCCAGUGUUUGGCCUGUACUCUUCAUUUUAUCCUGUUAUCAUGUAUUGUUUUCUUGGAACCUCCAGACACAUAUCCAUAGGUCCAUUCGCUGUUAUUAGCCUGAUGAUUGGUGGUGUGGCUGUUCGAUUAGUACCAGAUGAUAUAGUUAUUCCAGGAGGAGUAAACGCAACCAAUGGUACGGAAGCAAGGGAUGCCUUGAGAGUGAAAGUCGCCAUGUCCGUGACCUUACUUUCAGGAAUCAUCCAGUUUUGCCUAGGUGUCUGUAGGUUUGGAUUUGUGGCCAUAUACCUCACGGAGCCCCUGGUCCGUGGGUUUACCACCGCGGCUGCUGUGCACGUCUUCACCUCCAUGUUAAAAUACCUGUUUGGAGUUAAAACAAAGCGGUACAGUGGGAUCUUUUCAGUGGUGUAUAGUACAGUUGCUGUGUUGCAGAAUGUUAAAAACCUCAACGUGUGUUCCCUAGGCGUCGGGCUGAUGGUUUUUGGUUUGCUGUUGGGUGGCAAGGAGUUUAAUGAGAGAUUUAAGGAGAAAUUACCGGCACCCAUUCCUUUAGAGUUCUUUGCGGUGGUGAUGGGAACUGGCAUUUCAGCUGGGUUUAACUUGCAAGAAUCGUACAAUGUGGACGUCGUUGGGACGCUUCCUCUGGGGUUACUGCCCCCAGCCAACCCGGACACCAGCCUCUUCCACCUCGUGUACGUGGACGCCAUCGCCAUAGCCAUCGUUGGAUUUUCAGUGACCAUCUCCAUGGCCAAGACAUUGGCAAAUAAACACGGCUACCAAGUGGAUGGCAAUCAGGAGCUCAUUGCCCUGGGCCUGUGCAAUUCCAUCGGCUCACUCUUCCAGACUUUCUCAAUUUCAUGCUCCUUAUCUCGAAGCCUUGUUCAGGAGGGAACUGGAGGGAAGACACAGCUUGCAGGUUGUUUGGCCUCGUUGAUGAUUCUGCUGGUCAUAUUAGCCACUGGAUUCCUCUUCGAAUCAUUACCCCAGGCUGUGCUGUCGGCCAUUGUGAUUGUCAACCUGAAAGGAAUGUUCAUGCAGUUCUCAGAUCUCCCCUUUUUCUGGAGAACAAGCAAAAUAGAGCUGACCAUCUGGCUUACUACAUUUGUUUCCUCCUUGUUCCUGGGAUUGGACUAUGGUUUGAUUACAGCUGUGAUUAUUGCUCUGCUGACGGUGAUUUACAGAACCCAGAGUGCCUGGGUCCUUUAUCCUGACCAGCCUGGGGGCGGGGGUGAGGGUGCGUGUACAGUCUGUACUGGAGUGAGCCCAGCACUCAUAAUGGGAGCCAGAAGAAAGGCCAUGAAGAAGUAUGCUAAGGAAGUUGGAAAUGCAAAUAUGGCCAAUGCAACCGUUGUCAAAAUGGAUGCAGAAGUAGAUGGAGAAGAGGCCACGAAGCCUGAAGAAGAUAAUGAAGUAAAAUACCCCCCAAUAGUCAUCAAGAGCACAUUUCCUGAAGAGGUGCAAAGGUUUAUGCCCCCGGGAGAUAACAUCCACACCAUCAUUCUGGAUUUUACACAAGUCAAUUUUAUUGACUCUGUUGGGGUAAAAACUCUGGCCGGGAUUGUAAAAGAAUAUGGAGAUGUCGGUAUUUAUGUGUAUUUGGCAGGAUGCAGUGCACAAGUUGUGAAUGACCUCACUCAAAAUCGAUUCUUUGAAAAUCCUGCCUUAAAGGAGCUGCUGUUCCACAGCAUUCAUGAUGCGGUUUUAGGCAGCCAGCUUCGAGAAGCGCUUGCCGAACAGGAAGCCUCUGCCCUGCCUCCGCAGGAGGACUCAGAGCCCAACGCCACUCCAGAAGCUUAGAUGAGGAUCCCAGCUGGGAUGGGUACGAGCCCCUGUGAAAUUACUCAUUUACACAUUUUAAGUACUAGACUCUGGAGGUUUUCCCCCUAAGGGUAAAUACUAGCAGUCCAGGCUUGAUUUGAAGGGUGAAUGAAGCAUAGCAAGACGUAUCUUACUUGUGUGGGGU